AGCCGUGUGUUUUUCAUUUUCACUCUCCUCACCAGCUCCUCACCAGGUGGAUGUUCUGCAGAACCCACAGUCAACAAAGGCUCCUCUCUGGCUUCCUGUCUUGGGGGAUCUCAGACCCACAGAUGUUGUGCCUGUCAGGAUGAUAGAUGGCCGUGGUAAUCAUCAAGCUAUAAUAACGAAACUGGAGUGAGAUGGAGGGGCGAAGGGAUGAGAAAGAUGGGGUCUGAAUUAUAAUUUUCUCUUUGUUUAUCCUUCAGCGGGUUUGGAGACCAGUAACUGUGACACUCGUGGAAACUAAGGUCUGGGAGAUGCUGCCGGGAGUCACGGAGAUAUGAGGGAGAGAUGUGAAAGUGAGGAGGGAGAGGGAGAGAGAUUAGUACUUAAUCAUGUGUGGUGCAGUGUGUGAGAGAGCCUACGAGGCCACUCGGGUCUGCUGGAUGCACCUGAAUCGGGGUGAUCGCUUCCUCUCCGCCCCCUCACUCAGAUCAUCGCUCUGAAGCGCUGACAGAGAGCGGACAGUCGCUCACAAUAACCGGCUCUGUAGCAGCCUCCGGCUUAUCUCAUCUCCCCCCAGCCCCGGUGCCGACCCGCACCGACUGUUCCCCUCUCUAUCAACUGAAUCUCCCCGACACACCAUAGAGGCAGAGCUGCGGUCGUGUUUCACUUUCUUUGCUUGCACGGAGCUCGCAUCGUUUCCCCGGAUCUUUGUUUCUGGACGGCAGGCUGCGGCUGUGUAAUGCCCCGCAGCAGGAGCAGCAGAUGUGCUGAGCGACGCAGCUAAUGGUGGUGUCUUCCUAUACUGGCCUUGAUGCUGAUGCUGCUGAAAUCCCUACAUUCAGGAAAAGGCAACAGGAAGCAGAUUUCUGAGGGAUUACACCCAAGCACAUGUACACAUAUGCAUACUGAGCGGAUACCACAGUUCUAGGAUUUGGCUGGCACCCAGGUGUGGAGCUCCCUUUGAAUGAACUCGCGUGCCUGAGAGAGGCACUCACUGGUAUCAUGGAAGAAGAGGAGGAGCCAACAGAGUCUUAUUGAAUAUAAAACACAUGACUGCUCCUCCCUUUUUUUUUCCUUGCCUCACCAUCAAAGGCUGCUUGAUGACUUGUAACAAACAGCGGAGCGUGCAUAAACAGAGAAGAGUGCAGAGCCGACCAUCCGCCUGCUGCUGCUGCUGCUGUCCCAUGAUACAUCAAGUCAAGAAUCAGCCACACGGAGGGUUGUUUCUAUGGAUACCCCAUGCCCUGAGUAGUAUUAAUAAGGCUCCCUGAUAUUCUGACUAUCUGUGCAUGAAGAUACAGGCAGAGAUUAGAAGUACACCCCUGCAGCAGACUUCAGCUCUAAAAUAAAACAUCUGUGAGGGAGAGACAGACAUCAUCACCAUCAAGAGUCAAGAGGAAGAUGCUGGAGGAAAAAAACAAGUUAUUUUUAAACAUCCACUGUAGAGGCUUUACCAGCAUGUUAAAAGUGUCCCUGUGUGAUCACUGACUAAAGCCGAACAUUACAGUUUUGCAUAUUUUUAGCUGUACUGAGUUUGAGGUUUUGCUCAGUUGCACCUUUUCUCAAAGGCAUCAGAGUUCAUCUUCUUUGUCCUUAGUUUGGGACACACAGGCAACAGAUGGUGAAGUACAACUUGAAUUGCUCCACACUGGACUAAAUGAAGAGGUCAAAUGACGCACAAAAUCUUAUUCUUUAGAUCCCAUGGAGAUCAUUUCUUUUCUUGCAAUACUAAGAAUAGCUCUGAAAUUCAGCACAAGCAUUUCUUAAUAAUCCCUUUUAAAGUUUUGGUUGGUCUCUUGAAUUGUCACCAUUUUCCGUAGGAAUAGUCCUGCAUUGUGCUUUUGUCUACAAGGAAACAUCUAUCUACAUGUAUCUAAAUGCAGCAGCUAAGUAAAUAAAAUUCAGGUCUCCACUCACCAGCAAGAUGUAACGUGUGCAUAAAAGAGUGAAACAAUCAUUGCUAAUCAAGAGAUUAAAUCUACCGUCUGGUACCUCGAAUCAUACAUCCCUGUUACCUCCAGAGUGAGCAGCAAUGGCCACACAGGACACACCGCACUUUCUCCAUGGCUUCGACCUCGGUGGUCACUUUGUUGACCCUCGACCUCUCGGUACAGGUGUCACAGGCUUGGUCCUGUCUGCUGUGGACCAGCGGACUGGAAAGCGUGUAGCAAUUAAAAAGCUGGUGAUGCGAGACGCCGUGACGGUGAAACAUGCCCUGCGAGAGGUAAAGAUCACCCGACGGCUGCACCAUGAAAAUGUGGUGAGAGUCCACGAGGUUUUAGCUCCAUAUGGACGGCCCUUGCCCCGAGAUCCAACCCAGCUCAGCGCCCUCUACAUUGUCCAGGAGUGCAUGGAGACUGAUCUGGCUCGACUGCUGGAGCAAGGGCCGCUACAUACAGGUCAUGCUACUCUGCUGUUCUACCAGCUGCUGAGGGGACUGAAGUUUAUCCACUCUGCCAACGUCCUGCACAGAGACCUGAAGCCAGCCAACACAUUUAUCAACACGGACCAACUGCUGCUCAAGAUCGGAGACUUCGGGCUGGCCAGAAUAGUCGACCCUCAUUAUUCUCAUAAGGGCUAUCUGUCGGAAGGUUUGGUAACUAAAUGGUAUUGCUCCCCACGUCUGCUGCUGUCACCCAACAAUUAUACCAAGGCCAUAGACAUGUGGGCUGCGGGCUGCAUACUGGUUGAGAUGCUCACUGGACGCAUGCUAUUUGCAGGAGCUCAUGAGCUGGAGCAGAUGCAGCUGAUUCUCAACACAGUGCCGGUGCUGAGAGAGGAGGACAGGCAGGAUCUGCUACAGGUGAUGCCUUCAUAUGUCAGUCAUGAAUGGAAGGUGAAGAAACCCUUUUCUGAACUUCUGCCUGAAGUGGAUCCUCAGGCUGUGGACUUCCUUGAGCGUAUCUUGACCUUUAACCCCAUGGAUCGCCUGACAGCUGAAGCGGCGUUGUCUCACCCCUUCCUUCAGCAGUACUCUUGUCCAGAGGACGAGCCCACUUCAUCGCAUCCCUUCCGCAUUGAGGAUGAGCUGGAGGACAGCCUCAUCACUGAGCAGAGCCUCAGCAACAGCAAUAGUCAGGCCUCCAGCAUCCAGUGGGACAGGUACGAAAACAGUUUAUCAACAGUUAUGUGCUGGCAACAAUCAGGUGGGAGGUGUCGCUGCGUGCCCCCUUGUCACAUUACCUCUGACCUGGGAGACACUACAGAGGAAGAGGAGGUGCAGAGAGACCCCCGGGCCAGUUCCAGCUCACUUGUAGAGGAGGCUCAGGUUGAUCCACGCAAAUAUUCCCACAGCAGCUCGGCGGAGCGCUUCCUGGAAAACUCUCACUCCUCUCUGGAACGUGCCUGCGGUUUGGGAUACGGGGAGGUUGACUGUGGCCGCUCCUGUGAUUACAAAGUGGGCUCUCCUUCGUAUCUGGAUAAAAUUGCCUGGCGAGAGGGAAAACCUCAACACUACUCAGAGCCUAAGCUCAUCCUUGAUCUGUCACACUGGAAGCGUAACAUUAACAGCCUCCUUGUGCCUCCUGAGCCUAUUGGUGGCAGCAUGGAGGAUCUGGGAGAGAUGAAGGAGGAGGAGGCAGCGAAGGAAGAGGAAGACAAGGAGACAGGGGAUUUGUUCCAGGAAAUCUCUCGCUGGGUUGAGAGCACCCAGUCUCGUCUGCACUCACCCAGUCCCAGUCCUUCUUUGGAGCAGCAGUCACCUUCCUGCUACACUUCCUCGCCACCUCUCCCUCUGUCCCCUACUGACCUCCCAACUCCAGUCUUCCACUACACGGAGGUUGUGCGGCAACCAUCAGAGUACGAUGAAGGCAGACUAAGCCCAUUUCGCCCUAUCAUGUCUUCCUCUAAUGCCCUCCCAUUACUUCUUCCUUCAUCUCCCACCUCCCUACAUCCUCCUCAUUCAUAUCAAACGGUGUCUUCCCCCACCACCACCACACAAUUUUUCCAGCCCACAGAAUCUCAGCCGCUUUCUUCCACUUCUUCCCUUUCUCAGCCAGUAAACGCUGACUCCCUGGAGUCUCUUCCUGUCAAACAAAAAGAGCGUCUGUUUGACCUAGAUGUGUUUAUAUCCCGAGCACUGAAACUGUGCAGGCAGAGAAAGGAGAAAGCAAGCGGGAAGAAAGCGAAAGAAGGAGGAUGGAUGGAAGAAAGCAAACAGCCAAACAUUAACCGAAAAGUACCCGGCUUCCCAGAGCACAGGACUCCAUCACCACAGACGCCACAGACUCCCAACUCUUGAUGUUGAAUUUCAACUGCAGGUACACCACAGCAUCAUACCGGGUAGCACUCCCAAAUGCUCAUAGUGCUUUACAUUGUGAGCAGUGCCCGUGGUUUAAUAUGCUGCUUAAACAUUAGACCAUAGUGUUAGCAGCUUUUGUCUUUUUUGGUACUAUUGCAACAACGCACUAUAUGCUGUGAUAAAACAACCCCCUGACUUAAGCAAGCAAUCUUCCAGCUUCGUCGUGAGAUGUUCUCAGGCAGUUAGAGGUCAGAAAUGUGGACCACAUUUGCCAAUGCAAGCAGCAAAGAUUUGAUUUACAUGAGCAUAUUUUAAAGCAAUCAGCUGACAUUCCUUAUUAACUGAGGUUUGCUCUGAUCGAUCAGACAACAAUUUCAUUUUGUGCCACAAACAUUUGCAAAUGACAAAAGAAGGAACAGUCAGCUGCUGGUAUCACCUCCCUACGCUAUUAAUAACUAAUAGCUUAAGCCUGUUUUAGGCUUGCUUUCAAUUUGUUUUUCUUACAAGAUUCUGUACUUAUUCUCUACUUCUUACUGUUUGUAAUCCUUUUCAGAACAAAAAUUCAAGUGGUCUUCCAGCGGUGAGUUUCACCAGCUAAUAAUAGUGACACAGAAGGUGUUUUUCCGGUGUGUCUCUGAAUGUAUUUAUUGGAAAAAUAAUCCAUCAUAUUAUGCUACACGAUGACCCAUAAGGAGUUUAACACUCUAACAGCAACUUCAUUUUGUCACUGCUCCAAACGGCCUGUCAACUUGUAAAAAAUACAGUCAGAUUUAAUUACAUACUAUAUUUCUCAAUGACUAGUAUUUUUGUGUUUGUAUUUUUCUUGUGCUCUUUGUUCAUUGCUACAACCCAUGUUCAUGUUAUUUGGAGUGAAUUGUGUUCUUGUUGAAUGUGGAAUGCCCUGUGGUAGUAAUUUUUGACUAUCAGACAGCUAUGGUUUCUUGUUUGCUUGAUGCACCAAGCAAGGUCUGUUUUACACUGAACAUAUACUAUCCUCUCGUUCCAAGACAGCCACACAGAAAGCUUUCAUGCAAACAACGGUAUACUAUAUUUUGAAGUAUAUGGAUACUUUACAACCUUUGCAGGAAAUUAUUUGUACUCAAAACUUUUUAGUGGUUUGCAGCAGCCAGAUUAAUACAUGAAACUCAAAUAAAAAGAAUUAAAAAAAAUAGACCCAGGUAAAUGGCAGGUGAACAUUAAGCAGUAGGUGAAGGCUGCUGGCUUGUGCCUCAUAGUCUGUUAGUCAAGAGCUUCUCACAUUCUCUUGAACUGUGGAGCUAAAACUGGCUUUACAAAACUCUUCAACGCUAGUGCCAAACGUAACCCAGUUAAUUUAACAUUCCUUUUAUUCUGUGGCCUCAAUCCCUCCAUCUCAAAUGUCACUGUUUGAAAUGUGAUAUUCUGCUGUUAACUGAUCAAAGAAUGUACGAGUUGAGUUGUAAUGCUGAAAUACACUAUAUGGAUAGAAGUACUGGGGCACCUAAAUAUUACCCCUACAGGAGCUGGGAUGGAAACCAAUUCCACGAAGCUCCCCGUGCACAGUUUUUGUCCUGAUGUGAAUGCCAGAGGAGGUUUUGAUCACUGCAGUUAUUGAGUCAGCAGUGCAAAAAAUAACCCUUAAAGUUGAUAAUGGAAGAUAAAAUACAUUUGAAAAAGUGACAAAAUCCAUCCACAGACACACAUAAAUACAAACUGGCAUUGCAACAGUGGCAUUCUUACUGUGUAACUGUGUGUUUAGCAUCCUAUUACUUCCUUCACAUAUGUUUGUACAGGUAGACUGUAUAAAUGCUUGAUUUUAUAUACCACAGGACUGAAAACACCUGAAUUCAAAGAUUAAAGGGUGUGGCCUGUCACUUUUGUCCAUAUAGUGUACGUGAAACAUACUGCCAGCAACACAACAGAAUAAGAAUGUUUUAUUCCUUUCGUAUUAUCAAAUAAUAAGUUGAAUCCUUCCUUAAAAUCCAUACAAGCCACACACAGGUCGAAGUUGUCUCGAGUCUUAGCUGUUAACUGUGCAGAUGUAAGUUGUUCUAAAACUGUUGACUCUCAUGCUGUCUGCACCUGUAAUGCAUGGUGUAGCCUACAUACAGAUGCUGUAGGCACAUUUUCACUUGCACAACUUAGUAUGACUUCCAAAGAAUUGAGCCAUACAUGAGAUUUGCCAUAAGUACAACCUACGAGACAGCAAAGCCGAGUUGGUUCUUUUAAACAUCACAGUGAAGCACAGGUAGUGUCACUAGCACAUACAGAAAUACAGGAGUUCACCCUAUUUUUUGCCAGUAAACUGCGGUCCACCUAAUCAAAAGGAAUUUUGCUUUAAGUCAAACACAAAGGAUCAUAUUUUGCAUUAGCAAAUUUCUUCUGAGCUGCAGGUAGAGCAAAGCCAGCAAUAACGUCACUGAAAAGUAUCUGUAACACAUGUCGGUACUGAGCCGAAGUUAAUUAUUUUAAGUGUUUAAAGCAAUGUAGAAAAUGUGCCUCGGUACACCUCAAUACUUCCAGCUUGCUGAAUGUAACGUGUCCUUUUCCUUCUGCAUGGCUCUUCAAAAAGCUCAACGGUUGUUGUUUUCAUCAUGUGUCACUUUGUGAUAAGAGUCAUGUUUCUGUGGGCACCUAUUUAUGUUGUAUCCAUGCUUCAGGGAGGCCUCAGCUUUUCAUUUGGGAGAAUCUGUGACAUUUUUAAUUCUCUCUAUAUUGAUAGUAUCUCUUUUGGAGUUUCUGUUCUUGCUGGAAAAUUAAUAAAACAGUACUAAAACUA